GUGACACUCUCAAAAUUUGCAUAGUUUCUUAAAUUUGUUGUGUUCACUUUACUUUUCGAUAACUAUUCGUGUAACUAGGGAAAUGGGUAAGGAAUCUGGAGCGGACUUGGAGCUACCCAUCGCCAGUUGGCAUCGCGGUCUGUCCCUCCUUCAGAUGAAGGCGGCUGAUGACUUGGGAACUGUCCUGACGUAUGAUAUCAGAACCAUACGGGACUGUAUGUUGCGCCUGGGAUUGCGUCCGCUGGUCAGGAACCGGCAGCUCCUCAGGAUUGUGCAGCUGAGUCGCGGCCAGAAGCUGGCCUUCCUCUACUUCCUCUUCCAGGAACACUACAAGUCUGGCGGUCCAUGUGGAAAGUAUUCGGUUAACGGACAACUCCUGCUCUCGACCAUCGCCUAUCUGGACUUGCCGGCCACUUUUCGGGCGCUGGACAAAGUUCUUCCGCUUAGUGGAAAUCGUGACAGAAAAGUGGACCUGCAAAAGAAGCAAUCUCGUCGACCCUCCAUCGCAGCUCCGAUUCCUACCCUAAAUGAGCUUAAUAAGCCAAAGGAUGUGGAAGAUGAGAUGCAGCCACAGGAUCUGCCGGCUACGUUUCGAGAGCUGGACAAAGUUCUUUCCUCACAGCUCCCACAAACAAGGACUCGUUCAUCGGACCAAUCCUGCAGAUAUGCGAAGCCCUAUUUUCAGAAACAGCCCCGCCCAAAAUCGUCCCGCCCGUCCACCUAUUAUUCGUCGAAUUCCCCGCUGUUUGAGGUCCAGAUACCCAACGAGGUGGGGGAUCCAAAGGAGGAAGACGACCGGUGGUUUGCCGACUUCCAGUUUCGUCCGAUCCAGCGCAUAGUUAAGGCGCUUAUUAACCACGAGCUCUGCCACCUAUUCGAUCAAAUAGACGAGGCGCCCAGUGAUCCUGAGUCACAUGAUCAGCAGCCAAGGGAUCUGUGUGAGUUCCAUGAGGAAACCCGAUCGCAGGAGCGAAAGGCGUUUCUCCUCGAGCAGCAACAAAGAUACCAGGAUAUGAUCGACUUGGAAGGGAGGGAAAAGCGGCUCACAAGGGAGCGGAUAAUCCAUCACCUGAACAACGACGUGGAUAAGUACCUUCUUAAGUUUGGCGACAAAGGUUGGAGUCCGGGAGUUCCUGCUUCGCGGCAGUACGGAUGUGCCGCCUGCAGCGAGCUGGUCCACGUGAGCUUGGAGACUCCUGCCCAAGUGCUCCUCCUCGAAGGUGAUUGGGGACGACUGUACGACAGGAGUGGCCCCAAGAUGCGGCUAUGUGGUGGUGAGGAUGGGAAUCGAAACAUCCCAAAAGAAAAGACUCCUAGCUACUUUACGGCCCCCAAAAGUCACUGUCCCUAUGUCUUCAACUAUACACGCAUAUUUGAAAAGGGCAGUAAGGAAUCUUUGGACACCAAAGAGGCUAUAGGUGGUGCCCUGGUAAAAGCAAUGGAAGAUGAGGAGAGACGGGUACCCAGGACAAUUAGGAGGAGCCACAUUGACGAAGCGAUCUCCCGGUGUGUGCGGAAGAUCUUCGAGAAGAGUCUGCUGGCGACACCGUGUCCUUCUCCCAAAAGGUCCGAGGAACGACUCGUCUAUAAAGACAAGCGGAUCGAUCCCGACGACGAGAAAUUCCUGGACCAGAUGCUGAGCGAUGCUUUCCAGGUGCUGCAGCGAGAUCGCAAACUUGUGCUGGCCACUUUGCCCGAUGGUCACCAAAUCCCCGAGUUAAGGGAGUGGAUCCGAAGGCGAUAUGGCAAACAAUAUGGGCCACAAACCGAAUUGCAGUCGGAGAAGCUCAAGAUAAAGACGUUGAAACUGGCGGAGAUGGAAAAGAAAUUGAUUCCGCUGCUGUCUAAUAUAGAUCCCCGGACGGUGCGACAAAAUCCCGUGCCCUUUGCCAUGCACGAUGAUAUUAUGGCAGUGGCUAGUCAGUUCAAGAAAUCGUUCCGGGAAAAUGUCCUCCAGAUCAUCCUCAAGCAAACGAGACUCUGCUGGCAGACGCAGCACAACCUGCGAGCCAACAAUAGUUCCGGACUCCGGCGCACUUUCUUCACAUAUCUACCGAGCUGUGCCAGCGAUAGAGAUCCCACCUUCAGUUUUUAUUUGGCACAGAAAAAAGUAUAGGAAUUGUAGUAUUGAUCCUUAUCCUGAAAAUAGUUAUAGCUCCUUUUCAUUACCAGCAUAAUCAUAUUUAUCUUACCAGAUAGAAUGAAUAUCAUUGACCCCUAGAUGGUUUCAUUCUAUUUUGAAAAGAUAAAUGUGAUAUCAACUGAUUUAAAGUUUCAAAAUUUAUUUGUUUUAAAUUCAUUAAUUAUUUUUAACCCUUGACAAGAGAGCUUUAAUUUGGACAACUAGAGCUCUCAAAUAAAUAAUAGUGUAGAUUAACUUUUUUAUUUAACGACAACUUACAUUUUUAUAUGUACCGCAGAAUAGCUUACAACGAAUUAAUGUUUAUUAUAAUAGUCAUAAAUUCCAGUUAAAGAGAUAUUUGUAUUAAGUAAGGAUAAGUCAAUUAAAAAUAAUAAACUUA